AUGCACAUUUAUAUGCACUCACCACUGCACACGGUAUCGGGUGAACACGAUGGGCGACUGGAACGGGGAUGCACAAUCGAACAGUUAGAGAGUACCUGUGUUUUUGAUUCCGAUUUCGGUCUCAUCCUGAACUGUGCCUUCAAAAAGUCCGGCCUCUUUCGGGUGCGGAACUUGGGCGGCGUCAAGGCCCACUUCGGGUUAGGCUUCAGCGUCGGAGAUGAGCUGGGACUGGCCGAAUCGCUCGGUAACGUCGAGGCAAAUAAACGGCGGGCCCUCAACAUUCGCACCGGUGCGAACAACAUUGGCGUCCUGCCCGCGUCCAAAAUGCCGACAUCCUACCCCUCCUUACCCUCCCCCUCGAUCGCCCCCUCGCCGGGUGUUCCAAUCCAGCAAAGUCGUCCGCAGGCGGUAACCGUACGUUCGUCUGCGUCCAUGCUGCCCAAGGGCAUUGGUGGCCUACCGAAGGUGCCGUCGUCCGUCUCGCCCGUGUACGUGUCGCCAGCAUCCAGCCUGAUGACGAAAGCCACCUCGCUACCACUCGGCGUUCCUCCCUUCCGACCCAUUCCCAAGCCGACGCCGGAAACGGAACCGGUGAGAUUCGACCCGUCCAUACUCCGCCGAAACUUUGCCCUCAAAACCGCCCAAACUCCUGAUCCUUCCUUCCAGGGUCAACUGAUGAAUCAGACCUCCUCCUUCCAUCGGGGUGCCGCACCAUCGCGCAACACGACCCCUUCCUUCCCGAACGCUCCCAAUCAGCAGAUUAUCUACAAGGAAGCACCGAACCUGCAGGUCCAGAAGGUGCCCGCUUUCCAGGCAAUGCCCGAAUCGGUGUCCCGCAUCUCGACCGGUCCGGUCGUACAGGUCGAUAAUAAGCUGCAGCCGUCCGUCAUCAAGAAUUCCAUCAUGAGCAUUCCACCGCGCCGACAGAUGACAAAGCCCGGCCCAACGAUUGAAACCGGCAGCACCAGCACGGUGGACGGUAACGGGGAAGAGAUCGAUCUGAUGGGCCACACGGUGGAGGAGCUGGCGGCGGCUGCCAACGUCAGUGUGGAGGUGAUCAAGGAAGCGAUUCGCGUCCGGCAGCAGGAACUGCGUGCCCAAAAGCAGUACGAAAAGCAGCAGGCUGCUUACGCUCAGGCCCAGUUCUUUGCACAGCAGCAGACGACACCGGUAACGACCACUACCACCACGACAACGCCACGUCCCAGACGGUACCCGACCAACGCCGGUCACAAGGUUAUGAACGCACCGAAAGAGUACUACCCGGUCGGAUACGACAAGAACUUCGAUGACAACUUCACCUCCAAGGUUGACCUGCCCUACACGACGUUUAACUGCGGCGAACAGAAACACUUCCCGGGGCUGUACGGCGACGAGGACCUUGGUUGUAUGGUCUUCCACGUAUGUGCCCUGACGGACGAUGGACUGAUCAUGAAAUCGUUCCUCUGCCCGGAAAGCACACUGUUCGACCAGACCGUGCUGAAGUGCAACUGGUGGUUCUACGUCGACUGCAAGAGCAGCAAGAACCUGUACGACUCGAACCUGCCCGUGUCGAAGAGCUACCAGCUGAUGAAGGCGCUGUCGUUCUUCUCCUCCAACUACAAAAACCCGGGCGACUCGUCCGAGGGUGUCGAUGUGGAAGCGCUCAAGAACAGCGUCGCCACAGCUGUUGCCGUCGGUGGUUCGGCCCGCUCGCUAGACAGUCUCAGCAGCAACACCAUUGCCGGUUCGACGGGUGAGCGCUUACAGGAUCUGGUACCGUCCCCAUCCGUAAGCGUACGGGGCACCAACCAAAGCAACAACACGACGGUCACACCAACAUCAAGCAGCAACAGUAACAGCAGCAGUAGCAACGACAAAACAACGACAUCGACGUAAAUGGAAAUGAUUUGAUUUCACCGAUUUCCUCAACGGCGGCAGGGUGUGAGCGUUUUUGGUGUUGAAAAUUGUGUGUACUGUGUGCUACCGGGAGCGUAGGUAGUAAGGCAAAUGGUUGUGUCACUCGGUAUGCGGUAUGCGCCAACGUUGGCAGGUUGGGCUUAGGUUUGUGUUGUUGUUAUUUUUAAAUGUAAAAUUUAACGAGAAGAAAGCGAAAAAAAAACGCGAAAUAUGGAUGGUGCGGUGCGAUUUAUAGUGUGAAACCUAUCGGUGCUCGCCGGGUGAGUGUUUGCUGAUAAAACACACGCGGGCGUGCGUUUCACUGGUCAUUAUUCCAUUAAUUCGUGCUGCAUAAAAGAGAUUCCCAGUCAUAGGAAUAGUAAUAUUGUCAUACAGAUUGCCCAACCGCUCCGAGGGUUGAAACGCUUUUGAAUGCGCCUCAAAGUAUGCAACCCGUGCAGCAUAAUUGCUUGCUUCAAGCAUUUAUGUUCGAUUGUUUAUCCCAUUCAGCGCAAAGUUCUUCUCCAUCCAAUAUAAAUUGAACGAGCACUACGCUACUGACGCCGGUGGUCGGUUUUGUAGUUUGAAAGUGUUUUAAUUACAGCAAAUUAAAUUAUACUGCACCGCGAACUAAAGUCGAGCCAUUCAGCUUGCAAUACAUUGCAUGCCACCCUUUUGCAAGCACCAACUAGCAGAACUUUCUUCCUGCCAGUGCAACGCGCAGCAUCCGAUGUGCUGUUCGGUAAGCUUAACCACCUGAGCGACUAAACCUGGCCCCCUGCCCCGUCAGACACUUCCCUGUCACAACUUCCCGCACGCAGCUGAUUUUCGAGCGCUGCAUCCUGGAUCAAUCGAGCAUGAUUCAAAGCAUGGUAUAGCAUAAGUAUUUAUUAAACAGCGAUCCUACGAACUAAACCGCUUCAAACCCAUCGCUUCCAAUUGCCAUUCCGUGUGUGUGUAUGUGUGUAAGAGUAUGUGUGUAUGUGUGAGUGUGCCGUGUGUAUGGGAAGGUCCGGGCAGAUUUGGGAAUCGGUUUGUUUGGAGUUUACAAGACUUUUGUUACGUUAGUAUCAUAGUAGACAUGAGGAAGUAAACCGCACGAGCACAUUCCGUUCACGUGUGCGCUUCCCACGGUAGGGACUAGGUUUGUUUUACGUUACUGUUUACGAGCGGGCAAGUUUACUCGCUAGUUAGCUGACCUCUUAGAUUAUGGCAUAGGUAUAAACGGCAUAGUGACUGUUUCUCGGGUAUUUUUUUAUUUUUUGUUUGCAAAAACCAUCUUUGCUGCUGCAAGUAGCAACUACUGUAGUACGUAGGUAGUAGAUUUGGUUUUCUGUUUUUUUUAAAGCACCCAAAAAGGGUUUUGCAUAUUUAUUUAACUAGCGGCAUAAGGUACAUCAGGUGUAGUAUCACUAUCUUUACUAGAAUCUGGUAUUAAACAUAGCAAAACAAUAACUGUGCAUCUGUACAACACGGUUCGGUUCGGAUACGGAUAGAUGCACACUCGCAGUAGUGGAUGGACAACGGCGUAAGAAUCUGCACCUCGGUGGCUAUCCUUCCGGACGAACCAUUGGUACGGCACCCAUUUCCUAGACACACCUAAAAGUUGCUCACUUAGAAACGGUAUAGACAGUAAGAGGUUUACGCUGGGAAGUGCAUCCGAGCAAGUUUAUGCAAUUUUGUGUCGUCGUCGGUCAAUAUAUUAGUUGUUUUAUCUGUAACACUAGUAACUUCCAUUGUACAAGCGCGUCGCGCGUGGGACGCGCGUGACCGAUGCGAAUCAAUACCGUAUGUAAUGUCUCGUGGAAAAAACACAUGAGACGCGCACAUAGCGCACCACUAUGCCAACAGCUGCCCGGACAAGGGCAAAUUCUACUCAUCCAGUUGACUAUUACUGAUAAAGUAAAACACAUU